GAAGGCGGCAACGAGGGCAGCAACGAAGAUGAUGAGGGCGACGAGGAUAGCUUAGAAGGAGAGGAAGAGGAAGAGGAAGAAGAGGAAGAGAACAACGACGACGACUUCUCUGAUGCUGACAGCAGCUGACUGGCGAACGUCCUGAGCAGCAGCUGAAGAGAGAAGGACUUGAUAAAAGACGCGCGAGAGCUGUUCUGCUGGACAGUUGAGCAGAAGGAGCUCGUAGUAACACUGUGGGAGAUGUUGGACCGCGAUGCUGACGCUGAUGACGAAGCGCAGCGCAGCGCUCAGCGCGACGCUCAGCUCAAAGUGCUGCUAAACUUGCUCACAUCAUUCUUCUUCACAACAACAGGUGACAAGCCGUUCAGCAGCGGACUUAUUCACUUUCUCGCUGUGCUGGGCAUCAACAGCAACACAAACCACUUGCGCACAGCAAAGAACUACUCGUACAUACUAGCAGGCGUAGUCUACUGCAUGCGCGUGCUUAGCGUGGAGAAGUUGCUCCCAUCCGCGUGCCGCGAUGAGCAGACUGACAAGGAUUGUGAGCGCUUCUUGGAGCACAGAGAGAAGUAUCUGUCGGACGGCUCGUACAGCCCGAUGAGCGAGGCGCUCAGCUUGCUGGCUUACGGCAAGUACGUCGCGCUGGCGGCUGGCAACCCAGGCAACGCGUACUGGUCAAAGGACAAGAAGAUCUUCUACUUGCACGGCCGGCGGAUCUACAUCAGCCGCUUCUGCAAGAUGGCGCAGGACAUGGUGUCUGAAGCAGAGCAGAUGCUGUAGGAGGAACUGUUCUGGGUGAC